CACUUCAACAAAAUAACAGCUGAUCUUUUCUUCGACCAUCUCUCCUCAAAACAUCAUCUCCUCGCAUUUACCCCUUCUUCACUCUUUUUCUUCCUUCCUUCCAUGGAAGAGGCCCUAAUUUCAAUCUUGCCGACUCUUUGACCCUAUUCCCUGCCGAAGGGUCUCUGGCGAUCCCUGGGCAAGGAAUUGAAUUCAUCCUUCUCCUCCUCUUUUCCUUCCUUGUUCAGGAUCCAGACCCUUGAUUCCCCAAAACCCAAAGCUUGCUUCUUUCUUUUUCUUCUUCGAGAUUCUGAUUCUGAAUCAACAAGUUUUGGAUAUCCCAAAAUCUCCCCCAGUUUCCCAAUCCAAUAUCGAAAACCUAGAUCAGAACUCACUCAUUUCCCGUCAGAAACUGCCCCAAUCAAACACCCGAGGCAUUUUUUCGUCCCUGCACGUCUUCCUCCGGGAACCGCCGGAGGCAGCCAUGGUUCUCACGACUAAGCUUUGCCGCUUCAGUGGUGCCAAGAUCUACCCUGGUAAGGGCAUCAGAUUCAUCCACUCCGAUUCUCAGGUUUCCCUGUUCAUAAAUUCCAAGUGCAAGAGGUACUUUAACAACCGCCUCAAGCCAUCCAAGAUCACAUGGACUGCCAUGUUCAGAAAGCAGCACAAGAAGGUAGGUAGUGCAGCUGCUUAUUUAGAGACGGGCAUAUUUUCAUCAUGGCGUUAUUCUAUUCUUUUGAUUUCUUCUGUUCUUAUCAUCACAUGGCUCAACUUAAGGUAA